GAAGCGAAAGACUGUCCAGACGUUACUUUGGAUGCCGCGUUUAAAGAAAACCCAAGAAGCGAACCAGAUGGCUGUCCAGCGAAAGAAACUUGUGGUUGUCGGUGACGGCGCUUGUGGGAAAACGUGUCUACUGAUCGUUUUCAGCAAGGACGAGUUUCCCGAGGUCUACGUCCCGACGGUGUUUGAAACCUACGUGGCCGACAUAGAGGUUGACAACCAGCAGGUCCAGCUGGCUCUGUGGGACACGGCCGGACAGGAGGACUACGACCGACUGCGCCCACUCUCCUACCCGGACACUGAUGUCAUCCUCAUGUGCUACUCCGUGGACAACCCGGACUCGUUGGGGAACAUCUCCGAAAAGUGGGUCCCUGAGGUCAAGCACUUUUGUCCGAACGUGCCAAUCAUUUUGGUGGCCAACAAGAAAGAUCUGCGCAACGACGAGAACACGAAGAACGACCUCUCCCGGAUGAAACUAGAGCCCGUGAAGGCGGAGGACGGUCGUGCGAUGGCCAUGCGCAUCGGCGCGUAUGACUACUUGGAGUGCUCCGCCAGGACCAAAGAGGGCAUCUGGGAGGUGUUCGAGACUGCAACACGGGCUACCCUGCAGAAACGCUCCACACCGGGGGAUUGUUUCAAAUGCUGUGUGAUGCUGUGAGUCAACUGUGGAUUACGAGGUCUGGAGGACCUUUGCAGCAUACAAGACGGUUCCUUCCGCUGGGGGUCUGUGUUUGGACAUGCCUUCAGCUGAACCAAAACCAGUGACUGCAAAAGCAUUGUUCAGAGCACGAUUGCAUGUGGGUGUUGGUGUGUAAUGCACUGGUUUGAGCAUCUUCGUUCUGGGUCACAUGAUCCUAGUCUGUUCGAAAAACAACAAACCACAAAUUGUUUCAUUAUAUUUGGAGAAGUUUAUCCUCUGCUCACUGAGUGUGGCCUUAGCUGAGGCUGGCUUGCAAGCCAAGACCUUUGGCUUGCAAAACCUGAUCUAUUUUUGUGUUUAAAGUAUUUUUUUAUUUUUUUACAUUAACUGUUUCACCGAAAAUCUGCACUCAGUAAUUUAUGUUUGAACUGUGUUGCAAUAUAUCUGCAUCGAGUUUGUGAAAUUGCACAUCACGGUAAUCAUUAUAAUUCAAAGAAAUUCAUAUGGUAUUCUGUAUAGUGUUUUUAUGUUGGUUUGGGUUUGUUUUUUUCCACUUAAAAUCAGUGUUUUUGAUUUAGGCAGUUGCCCAGGGUGACUGUAGGACAGGGUGGGUGAGGAACACAAGCACCAGAUAAAAGUCUUGAACAAGUAUUUUUGUUGCUUUUAUGUUAAUGAAGGAUUAGCAUGUCUUGCUGCUGAGAAUAGGUAGACUGUUUUACUUGAUCGCAGAAUUACAUUGCAUUUUGCCCCAGAAUUUAGAUUAUUUCACAUAUCUUAAGCAGCUUUGGGGUCAACGGUAACACCUAAAUUUUCUAAAGAGUUAAUAGAAAUUUAUUUUACUUUUCAUAAAAUCGUGGUCCUUGGUGGUCAAAUUGACCAGUUUGUACUACUCUUGGAAGUACAUAUUAGAGUGCAUAGCCAGGUUUUGUGGUACUAAACAAAAAUGUUUAACACUAUCAAACUAAAAUCUAAAAUGUACUUGCUAGCCAGCUCAUAACUAGUUUAUCUUUUCUGCAAGUAUGAGAAAAAACAUAGUAACCUGCUUUCAGCCAGCUGAGCAGGAGUUUGUAGAAAAGCAUGUAAGGUAGGGACAGCUUUGCAUUACUCCUGGUUUCAUACAGCCAGUGCACUUUGUCUGAAAUCAAUUCAAGAGGACUUUGAAUUAUAGGAAAGUACUGACAAAUUUUAGUGGGUUUAGGUGUGUGUGUUUACUCUUUUUUUUUUUUUUUUUUUUUUAGUUUUUUGUUAAUUUUUUAAUACCCUGACAUCAGUAACUGACCCAUGCUUAGUUCAGCAAGUGUUGCCUUACAGCUUACUUAACCAAAGGUCUUUUAAAGCACAUACAGUAUAUAAAGGAGCUGCUUCAGAGGGUUUCAUGUCUGUUCACCCCUCCAUAACGUUGUAUUUAUUGCUGUUUGGUCCCAUUCUCCUUCAAUUUAAUUUAGACAAAUGUUAUAUUUCUAAGGACUUUGUGUCACACCAUGUUUCCAUUAAUUCUGGUUCUGAUAUGCAUUUGCUCUGACUGACUAAUGAAAUAUGACAGAUUAUGAUCCCUGAUCAGAUCAAAAUACCACAAAGUGGCUUCAUGUGAGUAGAAUUAAUUUAUUUAGGCUGAGUAACCAACUUUUGUUUAAGUAAAUCACACUAGAGUGUCAAAACUUUUUAAUUAGAGCUUGACAGUAUAUUGUAUUGCAAUUGUGAUUGCCUUACUUGUGUGUGCGAUAGUGUUUAGAUCAACUAUUUGGCAGGCAGUAUUUUUUCAGGUGCCAAGUAUUUAAGUUGCAUUUUUUGAUAAGCAUUUUUUAUUGGAUAGCUUGAAUUGACUUUUUAUUCUUGCACUGCACAAAGAUCUUAAUAAUGCAGACACUGAAGCUUUAGAGGUUGGAGGUGAUGAUGGGAAACAAUGUGGAAAGUGAGAAAAAUGUGUUUCUUUGUUCCUUUAUUGAUAAUUUGACUUCAGAUAUACCUAUUGCCAUGAAGCUCUACUUUAAAUUGUUAGUUGCCAAAGCAGGUACGAUCAAUGCCCCUGGCAUGUUUGUCUAAUAGUUCUUAUGCAACAUAGUAGGAAAAAACAAUUCCAUCAUGUUCCUGAAAAAAAGGCCAAAAUACCUGACUCUUUUCAAGGUCUGUCCUGUAAAGGGCUAGUGUCAAGUUUACAGUAAUACCUUCAGAUUUUGGUCAUAUUGAUUAGUUGGUACAUAAUCCUGUUGCUUUACAGCACAAUUAAACCAAGUUAUAUAUACAGUAGUUAAAGCCAAGCUUUUCAGGGUGAUUAUUCUGUUACUUUCCUAUUUAGAAACUACUAUGAUGAUUUGGCAUCUUGUAAGGGCACAUUUUCUUUUAGUAGUCACAGAAAUCCAAUUUUUAUUUGUGUGUGUGUGUGGCGGGGGGUUCAGAUAAAUUGUAUUUUGCAUUAACAAAGCACUUCAGUGUAUCAGUUUGUGUUUUUCAAGACUGAUUAUAUUUUCUCUGGUAACACCAGCCUGUACUAAGGUGUCAAAAUUAAAUGUGAAUCGAUAAACCUGCUGUAACACGUAAACUGCAUCAGGAGUAUUUUAAGUCACGAAACAGAAAUCUAAAUAUCUUCCGUUGCGACUAUGAAUGUACUUUAAAUUUACUUGGUCAGAAAGCUCAUGGGAUGGAAUUUAAUGUAUCUGAGUUAACCUUCGGUUGUUGUGAAAUAAGUUCAGCUCAUCUGUUGUUCCACAUGUUGUGUAACUGUCCUCUUGUGUGGUUGUGGGAGUGCUUGUUCAAAUAAAAGCUUUUUACAUCGAUUACUGACACUGUUGCUGUUCUGGUGAUUCAGGAAAUUUCUCUUUGUGUUUUUUACGAUCUAUUUAAGGGGAGAAAGUUUGUGAAACGCAUCCUAUUUCUGCUGCUGAGAAAUCAUCUGCAUGUUCCAGGGUUUAAGCAGUAAGUGUUUUCUGAAUCUACCCAGAGACACAAUAGUGUAAAAGUCACAUUCCCCACUGUCUUCCGUUGCUGGGCUUUCUGCUGACCUACACAACAGGAAUGCAUUGUGCUGAACUGCUUGAUUUUCCCACAAAGGCCCUCCUGAUGUGCCUCUGAUUUACAGCAACGUUACACGGAUCGAAUUCUGCAGGUUUUUCUAAUCUUUAUUUUUACUAAAAUGUGGAGAAAGGACAACAAUGAAUGUGCGAGAUGUUUCUAUUUAUGGGUAUUUGUUGUACUAGAAAGGUAUGUUGGAAAUAUUGUGAGGAGAAAAUGGUGCCUGUUAAGAAGGAAAGAGUGGAAAUCUAAAUAAAGUGAUUUUUCAUGAACCUUU